CUCUUUCACUCUUCCAAGUUCCCCUUCUUACACACACCAACCCCUCUACACCUGGAAACCCUAAAAAUGGAGAGCAAUCAAAGUUCUUUUUCUCUGAAAAACCGCUAGUUUGUCUAGUUCUGAUUUAAUCUUCUUCUGGUUUUUACAUUUCCGUUUUCUGAUUUUGCAGCUUCACUAGAACCAGAACAUGUCGAUUGCCGCCCAAAUAGAGAUGAGAUCAACUUCAUGUAUUCUCCAAGAAACCUAGAUCGUUUCAGGGUGCUUGCUUCAAGUUACGAUAAAAGAGGUAAUGGAUUAAUGAUCCAACGGCUUGUGGAUGAAGAUGGAACAGGAUCUCUUGCUUAUGCUGCUGCUGGAGGAAGAGUGGAUGUUUGUAGAAACUUGCUUGAAGAGUUGAAUCUCUAUGUUGAUGUGAAAGAUAAUCAUGGUCUAACUCCCUUAUGUUAUGGAGCUGUUAAAGGACAUCUUGACACUGUAGAGUAUCUUCUCGAGCAGGGUGCCAAUCCUGAUGGAUCAGAUGAUCCAAACAGUACAACUAAUACUCCUUUGCAUUAUGCUGUAUUGGGAGUGUUCUGGAGCAUUGGAAGGUUGAGGCUUAUGGCUUACCUUUUGCCACAUAGAGGCAAACAGUUCAAUGCGAGGAACCCUAAAGAUACAGACAUUGUUACUUUCAAAAGCCUAAUGUAAAGUUGAUGGGUUUGGUUACACCACUAGCAUCGACUAUUCUUACCAAUUCACCGGAGAUCAUGGAUCUCUUACUGCAGGCUGGUGCUGAUCCAAAUGGCAAAUUACGUGGAAUUGCCCCUCUGGCGUUGGCAGUAACUUAUGGGCUGACACAAUUUAUCGUGCGCUUACUAGAGGCUGGUGCUGAUCCAAAUGUUACAGAUAUUGAAGGGAUGGCUGCAGUAGAACAUGCUGCCAAAGAGGGUAAACGUGAAAUUGUUGAUUUUAUUUCCUGUGACUUCUUGCAUUCCAACAUGUCCGAAUUGGACCAUUGAUGGACUUAUGGAGCAUGUGCAUUCUGAGGCCGCCAAAAAGAAGAAGAAGGAACCUGAAGGUUUCGAGAAAUUUCUUCAAGGAAAAAGGAACCGCGCAAAAGCAUUUCAGGAUAAGCAGUAUGUUUGGGCGGCAUAUUGUUACUGACAGGCAUUGGAAGUUGCCCCAACAGAUGCAACUCUAAUAUCCAAUAGGAGUGCGUGCUAUGCACGUAUGCAACACGGAUCCGAAGCAUUAAGGGAUGCAACUGAAUGCAUAUCUUUAAAGCCUGAUUGGCCAAAGGCACACUACAGGGCAGGCGUAGCACUGAGCGUUUUGAAGAGGUAUGGCGAAGCAGCAGAUGCCUUUUUUAAGGGUUUGACUCUGGAUCCUAGAAACAAAGAGCUUGCAGAUGCGUUCAGGGAUGCCAAUGAAACUAGAUUGAAGUACAUCGUCCCACAACCAUAAGAAGAAGAAGGAGAUGGCAGUGAUAGUAGACUGGCAAUAUAUAUGAUCUCGACUAGAAAACAUUUCUGUGACCAACUUUUGUACAGGCACCUACUGAAAGGGGUUUUGCCAACAUUUGUUGCUAUUUGCGCAAACCAAACACUUAAUUCCCACUAAACUUUACAGUAAUUAGUACUUUCCUAUUCCAGUUGGAAUUUUGUUGAUGAAGGGAACUCUUUCAACUUCUUAAUCCCUAGUAGGUGUAAAUAAGAGUUUCAGUUACCAUCUUACUUCCAAUUUGAGACACUGCUAUGUUA